UUUAAACUGUUGACUAUAAAUAAAUAUUGCUGGAAAAACCACUUUGCCGUCUCCGAGAUUACCUGUUUGUUGUUUGUUCUGGCUACCAUUGGCAUUGAAUGAUUUGUUUGGAUUGAAGAUAAAAUUAAAAUUAAUUUUUUAGAGAUUUAUUUGUAACAACUUUUGAGAUAAACAACAAUGGACGCUGUGAGCGCCAUGCGAAAGUACAUCUCGAAGAUGAUUGACGACAGUGGGCCUGGUAUGAAGAUUCUACUGAUGGAUAAAGAAACGAUUGGUAUAACAAGCAUGGUGUAUGCACAGUCAGAAAUUCUUCAAAAAGAAGUUUUUUUGUUUGAAAGGUUGGAAGUUCCCGGCCGAGAGAGCAUGAAGCACCUCAAGUGCGUUGUCUUCGUGAGACCCACCAAGGAAAAUAUUGAACUGCUCAUACAUGAACUCAAGGCACCCAAAUAUGGAUUUUAUUAUAUAUAUUUCAGUAAUGUCAUAAGCAAGCAAGAUGUGAAAUGUUUGGCUGAGGCUGAUGAUCAGGAAGUAGUUAGGGAGGUUCAGGAGUUUUUUGGUGAUUACAUUGCUGUCAGUCCUCACCUCGUUUCCCUCAAUUUGAUUGGCUGUCGUCAGAAUGGACAGUGGAGCCAGGAAGGUCUGCAAAGAUGUGUGUGUGGUCUGACAUCCUUACUUCUCUCACUCAAGAAGUGUCCUGUCAUUAGGUACCAAAAUUCAUCAGAGAUGUGCCGAAGGUUGGCCGACAGUGUCAAGCAAGUGAUAACGAGGGAGGCCUCGUUGUUUGACUUUCGAAGGUCAGACGUGCCCCCCCUCCUGCUCAUCAUCGACCGCAGGGACGACCCCAUCACCCCACUCCUCAAUCAGUGGACCUACCAGGCCAUGUUACACGAGCUCCUGACCAUCAGCAACAACAGGGUGAACCUCUCGCACGUGAGCAGCAUCCCAAAAGACAUGCAUGACCUCGUUCUAUCUGCUGACCAUGAUGAGUUCUAUAGUGCGAACAUGUACAACAACUUCGGCGAGAUUGGUCUGAACAUCAAAGAACUCGUCGACGACUUCCAAGUGAAGUCCAAGAGCCAGGCCAAAGUGGAAUCCAUCGCUGACAUGAAGAACUUCAUAGAGACGUACCCGUCCUUCAAGAAGAUGUCUGGCGCAGUAUCGAAGCACGUGACUCUCGUGUCUGAACUGUCACGUCUUGUGGCUCAGUACAACUUGAUGGAUGUGUCCGAGUGCGAGCAGGAAGUGGCCUGCCACGAUGACCACUCGCAAUCACUUCAGAAAAUUCGUUCUUUGUUGCACAAUGCAAGCAUUCGCAACUUGGAUGCAGUCCGCCUGGUGAUGUUGUACACGCUGAGGUACGAGCGGCACAGCAAUAACGAUAUUUUCGGGCUGGUUGGAAUUCUGAGGAAGAGGGGUGUUCAGGAAGAAUGGAUCAAGCUCGUGAACUCGAUCUUGGACUAUGGAGGUCAGAAAGUGAGAACCAGUGAACUUCUGGAGUCACAGAUUCCCAUCAACAUCACUAAGAAGUUUCUCAGGGGUCUCAAGGGUGUAGAGAACAUUUACACGCAACAUCAACCGGUCCUCAUCAGCCUGCUUGAACAACUUCUGAAAAACAAACUGAAGGAAAGUAGCUUUCCGUACUUGGGUGCUAGUCAUCUGAGAGAAAGACCACAGGACAUAAUAAUAUUCCAAGUUGGCGGGACGACAUACGAGGAAUCGAGUUCAGUACACAAUUUCAACAAGAUGUACUCGAACAACCGAAUUCUUCUGGCCUCAACCUGCCUACAUAACUUUAAGAGUUUCCUUGAAGAGGUUGAUGCGGCCACGAGAUAUUCAUUGAGAGGAGCGAGUAAUAACAAUUAACAUUACAUUCCUAACCACUUUUGAAUUACUGACACAACUUCAGAGGAGUGAUCGACACACGUUGAAUCUACAAGCUUGCUGAUUUAUACUCAUCUAAUUUAUUCAAUAAUUAUGUAAUUGUAUUGGAAAACAAUAUUUUUGUUUUAAAGUUUAUUUCAAAUAAAGUCGAAACCCGAUAAA